GGAGAACGAGGAGCUGCGUGCUGAGCACGAAGAUAAGACCCGUGGACUGCAGGAGGUGAGCGAGCAGGCGGAGGAUCUGCAGCGGCAGCUGGAGGAGCUUCGUGCGGAGAACGAGGAGCUGCGCGUUGAGCACGAGGAUAAGACCCGUGGACUGCAGGAGGUGAGCGAGCAGGCGGAGGAUCUGCAGCGGCAGCUGGAGGAGCUUCGUGCGGAGAACGAGGAGCUGCGUGCUGAGCACGAGGAUAAGACCCGUGGACUGCAGGAGGUGAGCGAGCAGGCGGAGGAUCUGCAGCGGCAGCUGGAGGAGCUUCGUGCGGAGAACGAGGAGCUGCGUGCCGAGGACGAACAUAAGACCCGUGGACUGCAGGAGGUGAGCGAGCAGGCGGAGGAUCUGCAGCGGCAGCUGGAGGAGCUUCGUGCGGAGAACGAGGAGCUGCGCGGUGAGUACGAGGAUAAGACCCGUGGACUGCAGGAGGUGAGCGAGCAGGCGGAGGAUCUGCAGCGGCAGCUGGAGGAGCUUCGUGCGGAGAACGAGGAGCUGCGCGGUGAGCACGAGGAUAAGACCCGCGGACUGCAGGAGGUGAGCGAGCAGGCGGAGGAUCUGCAGCGGCAGCUGGAGGAGCUUCGUGCGGAGAACGAGGAGCUGCGUGCUGAGCACGAGGAUAAGACCCGUGGACUGCAGGAGGUGAGCGAGCAGGCGGAGGAUCUGCAGCGGCAGCUGGAGGAGCUUCGUGCGGAGAACGAGGAGCUGCGCGGUGAGGACGAAAAUAAGACCCGUGGACUGCAGGAGGUGAGCGAGCAGGCGGAGGAUCUGCAGCGGCAGCUGGAGGAGCUUCGUGUGGAGAACGAGGAGCUGCGUGCCGAGGACGAGGGGAAGGCAUGUGGGCUACAGGAGCUGAGUGAGCAGGCGGAGGAUCUGCAGCGGCAGCUGGAGGAGCUUCGUGCGGAGAACGAGGAGCUGCGCGGUGAGCACGAACAUAAGACCCGCGGACUGCAGGAGGUGAGCGAGCAGGCGGAGGAUCUGCAGCGGCAGCUGGAGGAGCUUCGUGUGGAGAACGAGGAGCUGCGUGCUGAGCACGAAAAUAAGACCCGUGGACUGCAGGAGGUGAGCGAGCAGGCGGAGGAUCUGCAGCGGCAGCUGGAGGAGCUUCGUGCGGAGAACGAGGAGCUGCGUGCCGAGGACGAACAUAAGACCCGUGGACUGCAGGAGGUGAGCGAGCAGGCGGAGGAUCUGCAGCGGCGGCUGGAGGAGCUGCGUGCGGAGAACGAGGAGCUGCGUGCCGAGGACGAACAUAAGACCCGUGGACUGCAGGAGCUGAGCGAGCAGGCGGAGGAUCUGCAGCGGCAGCUGGAGGAGCUUCGUGCGGAGAACGAGGAGCUGCGUGCCGAGGACGAAAAUAAGACCCGUGGACUGCGGGAGGUGAGCGAGCAGGCGGAGGAUCUGCAGCGGCAGCUGGAAGAGCUUCGUGCGGAGAACGAGGAGCUGCGUGCCGAGCACGAACAUAAGACCCGUGGACUGCAGGAGGUGAGCGAGCAGGCGGAGGAUCUGCAGCGGCAGCUGGAGGAGCUUCGUGCGGAGAACGAGGAGCUGCGCGGUGAGCACGAACAUAAGACCCGUGGACUGCGGGAGGUGAGCGAGCAGGCGGAGGAUCUGCAGCGGCGGCUGGAGGAGCUUCGUGCGGAGAACGAGGAGCUGCGUGCCGAGGACGAACAUAAGACCCGUGGACUGCGGGAGGUGAGCGAGCAGGCGGAGGAUCUGCAGCGGCAGCUGGAGGAGCUUCGUGCGGAGAACGAGGAGCUGCGCGGUGAGCACGAACAUAAGACCCGUGGACUGCGGGAGGUGAGCGAGCAGGCGGAGGAUCUGCAGCGGCAGCUGGAGGAGCUUCGUGCGGAGAACGAGGAGCUGCGUGCCGAGGACGAACAUAAGACCCGUGGACUGCGGGAGGUGAGCGAGCAGGCGGAGGAUCUGCAGCGGCAGCUGGAGGAGCUUCGUGCGGAGAACGAGGAGCUGCGUGCCGAGGACGAACAUAAGACCCGUGGACUGCAGGAGGUGAGCGAGCAGGCGGAGGAUCUGCAGCGGCGGCUGGAGGAGCUUCGUGCGGAGAACGAGGAGCUGCGUGCCGAGGACGAACAUAAGACCCGUGGACUGCAGGAGGUGAGCGAGCAGGCGGAGGAUCUGCAGCGGCAGCUGGAGGAGCUUCGUGUGGAGAACGAGGAGCCGCGUUCCGUUUGUUCUUUUGGUGAUCGUGGACUUUCUUCUGUUGGGAAGGUGUUCUCUAGACAUCGUUGUUUGUUGGGUGUUUUUGGUUUUGGUGAGGUUUUGCGUUCGAAUGAGGAGGCGUUUCGUCGUGCUGUAAGUAUUGAUUUGGCGAGUGCAGUGGGUUUGCUCGUUUCGGAUAUUCAUGGUGUGGAUUUUGGUCCAGAGGCUAGUUAUUGUGAUGUGGGUGUGGAUCAUGAUCCUCUUUUGUCUGAGGACGAGAUUGACCGCCGCCUGAGACGGUGCCCGUUUCUUAACGCCAAAAGUCUUCUUGGUCCAGCAGCGAAUUGCGUGGAUGGUGCUGAUGCCACGGCCGAGGUGUUGCGGCAGCUGGAGGACUCUGGUGCUGACCCGUUAUUGGGCCUCAUUGCGGAGGAGUUCAUUUCUCGCUUGGUGUUUGAGCAGUCUGCGAUCUCUUCGCUGCUGGAGGGUGCACUUGAGGGUUUUAGAUGCUUGGAUGCCCUCCAUCAGCGGCGCGAGUCGGAUUUACUGGAUGAACUGGAUGAGCGGGCGACGGAGUACACAGACAUGCUGGAAAAGUCGGAGGAGAUGGUGCAGCUGUUGGAGGAGGCACGACAAGCGGAAUGCAACGCUCGGAGUGAACUUUUUAAUCGUGAAGAGGCGUUACUGGAGUUGCAGCGACGUCGAGAUGAUGACUUGCGUGAGCUGGAAGCUGUAACGCACGCACACCGCAACUUGCUUCAUGCGAUCCGGCAGCCGCGGGAGGGGAUGACGGAAGAAAACGCGGAGGAGUCGUUUAGCGAGGCGGAACGCGUGCAGGGCAUUGAGCGGCACGCUGUGCAACUUGAGAGUGAGAACAUUGCGCUGCGAGAGGAGAUGGCGCAACGUGCGGUGGCGCACCGGGAGGCGAUGGAGGGUCUGAACAACAAGAUUUCCAAACUCAUGGAGGAGCUCGAGGCGAAGGGAAUGGAGUACACCGAAACGCUUGGGAAGUUGGAGGAGUUUGUCGGGCUGCUGGAGGCGGCGCGUGCCGCCGAGAAGUCGGCGUUGAUGGCAUUAGAGAAGCGGGAGCAAGAGUUGUUUGAGCUGCAGGCCGCACAUGACGAGGAGAUGCGGGAGCUUGAGAGUGCCAUGAAAGGGUUGGAUGGAGGCGUCCUGCCGCCGCAGGGGGGCGCUGCGGAUUUUCCCGCGGCGGAGAUGCAAGCAAACACCGCCGUAGCAGACGUCGAUAAAAAUGCCGUUCGGACGAUGCGGCAGCAGUUGGAGCGACUGAAGCGGGAGAAGGAGGCUCUUGUGAUGGAGCUGGAAGUGAAGGGACGGCAGCAUGAAGACGCGCUGAAUGUGCUUAACCGAAACAUUGGCGAACUCAUGGGUGAACUUGACUCCCGCAUACGUGGAUGUCAGGUGUCGGCGACAAGCGCGAAGGAGUUACUACACGAGAUUGCCCUGCUGCGCUCCGCCGAGGAGGAAAAUGAGGAGGAGUACAACGAGGGCGAUUAA